CCCUAGUUUCCAGACUUGUUAAAAAUAGAAUGGCCCUCUAUUCUAUAAUAGGAAAUACGGUCUAUAUAAUUACAAAAAAUUUUUUUAAGUUUUAUUUCCAACGCCAUUGUAUUCUUGCCAAUUUUCUUUCUUCUCACUCGGCGGAUAUUAAAUUUGCCUUUUUUAUGGAUGCAGAUAUUGGUGUCAUUAAUCCAAAUCAUUCACUAGAAGAAUUUUUGGAAGGAAAAAAAGAUUUUGAUUUAAUUUUUUAUGAAAGGAUAUUUAAUGGGGAAAUUAUGGCUGGAAGCUACAUUUUAAAAAAUACUCAAUUUACUAGAGAAUUCCUUUAUUAUUGGGCUGAUUAUUAUUUUAAAGUGCCACAUAGUUUUCAUGGAACCGACAAUGGAGCAAUACAUUCGGUAUUUCUCGAUUUGUUUUGUGAUCAUUCAAAUAAAAAUUGCUCUGAAAAAAGACGGGUCUGUUCACAUCUGUGGAAUGUUUCACUCGAUUUUGAUACUCUAUUACCUUUUACUUUAUGUGCCAAAUAUAUACUCGGAGCUAGAAAUUUAUUUACAAGUUCAAUUUCUGAAACAAAAUUAAAUAGUACAGGAAAGUUGCUUCUACUGACUGAUUUUAGGCAAUAUUGGGCAAGAGAUGGCUGGUUAACUGGAAAUUGUUGGUCAUCAAGGGAUUUUUUAAUUCAUGGAUGGCAGAGUCGUCGUUUGAAUCGACAAACAUUUGCUGGUUGGAAUUCACCAUUUUCUUUACAAAAAAUUGAAAAUCAACCUGAAAAUUGUUCAAACCCAAUGAUUGCAUUUAAAGAAUGGCCAUAUAAAGAUACUUUUAUUUGGACAAAUGAACAAAUUGAGAAUGAAAUUGAAAGGAUAAUUAAAGAAAGAAAUAUUAAACAUAUGGGGAUUUUAAUGAAAGAAGUAAUUAACAGAAAAUAUUGAAAAAUUGGGGUGUGUAUAUUAGCUCGAUCCUCGGCGAUGC